GGCGUGGCCGUCGCCGCCGCCGCCGCCCCCCCCCAGGCCGGCCAGCCCUCCGCCUCCUCCCCGCUGCCGCUGCGCCUGGGUUUCCUGUGCGAAUACGACGCCCUGCCGGGCCUCGGUCACGCCUGUGGCCACAACCUGAUCGCCGAGGUGGGCGCCGGCGCCGCGCUGGGCCUGAAGGGUUCCCUGGAGAGCCUCGGCCAGAGCCCCGCCGCCGCCGCCGGGCUCCCCCGCCCCGUCCCUGCCGUCAAGGUGACGGUGUUGGGCACUCCUGCUGAAGAAGACGGAGGCGGCAAGAUAGACUUAAUUAAAGCGGGUGCUUUCGAUGACUUGGAUGUGGUCUUCAUGGCUCAUCCGUCCCAAGAAGAUGCUGCUUAUUUGCCUGAUGUAGCAGAACAUGAUGUGACUGUGAAAUACUAUGGAAAAGCUUCUCAUGCUGCUGCUUACCCUUGGGAAGGAGUAAAUGCAUUAGAUGCUGCUGUUCUUGCAUACAACAAUCUGUCAGUUUUAAGGCAGCAAAUGAAACCAACAUGGAGAGUUCAUGGUAUAAUAAAGAAUGGAGGUGUGAAACCUAAUAUCAUCCCUUCAUAUGCUGAAUUAGAAUUUUAUUUGCGUGCUCCUUCAUUAAGGGAACUUUCUCUCUUGACAGAAAAGGUUGAGAAUUGUUUUAAAGCUGCAGCUCUGGCCACAGGAUGUGAAGUAGAACUGAAGGGUAGUGCAAAUGAUUAUUACAAUGUGCUUCCUAACAAGAGCCUGGAGAAAGCUUAUGUAGAGAAUGGCAAGAAACUUGGCAUGGAUUUUAUUCCAGAUGAUAAUGUUAAUGGGCUGUCAGGUUCCACUGACUUUGGAAAUGUUACUUUUGCACUUCCUGGGAUUCACCCUUAUUUUUACAUUGGCUCUGAUGCACUGAACCAUACUGAACAGUACACAACAGCUGCAGGGUCAGAAGAAGCUCAGUUCUAUGCCUUGCGGACAGCUAAAGCUUUGGCCAUGACUGCUUUGGAUGUCAUCUUCAAGCCAGAUCUGCUGGAAAAAGUCAGAGAAGACUUCAGGAUGGUGAAACUGAAAGAGGAGGCCCUGCUGAAUAUCCCUGAAAAUGGAAAACGUCCCAGCCUUGGUAUUGGAGCAGCAUGUGCAUCACACUGAAGUAGCGCAGCGUAUGACACAUCUAAACUUGCAAAAAAAAUUCUAGAGGUGGUCUGUGUGAAUGCUAAGGCAUGUUUAAUGGCCGAAGAGAUGCUGACAUUUUGAUUGGUGCAAUUGAAUGAUGUCAGUGUGCUUCUGUUUUUUAAACGGGGACUCUCUGAAUAUUAUGUAGCUGUCUUGACAUGACAAAAAAUCAAAUGGUUUCUCUGUGGUGACUGAAAGUUUGAUAAACGUUAUUGCUUUACAAACCUUCUUGAGAUAAUUUUUCAGUUGCAAGUAUGUUUGUCAAAAAGGAAAACUCAAUUGUCCUCUUGGGAACUGUCAUUUUGCCAAGGAACACUGAGGGGUAUUGCAUGUUUCGCUUACUGUGUGCAAAACCAAAUGGAGCCAAGUCAGGAAGAACUAACCUAUUUGAUAAAUCUGUAUGGUUUUCAAUUUAUUUUUUUACUUUUUUUUUUGUUUUGUUUUGUUUUUGCAAAAUGGAUACCAAUUGUUAGGUUCUGGUUGCAUGAUACUCACAGAUUGUCUUGUUUGAAAUGGCUUCUGUUCUUAGACUCUCACAUUCUUGCAGGUGGGAGCUCUGUUUUACAUGUACAACCCUUUCCCAUUUUUUAUUGUUCAGACAUUUCUGGAAGACUAGCCAUACAAUCACUUGAUGUUUCACUCA